GGCCCAUUGAUUAAAUGUGGGAGAUUUCUCGCAAUACCUGCAAAGCAGCAGUGGGCAGCAGUCCCUUGUGCGUGCCUCUGUCAUUUCCAAUAUGUCUCUGCUCCCGAGAAUUAUCCAGCUUUUAGUGCUUGUGGCUCUUUCGAGUGCCACGAGGAGAAGCCCUGAGGAGGCACGGCUUAUUGCAGAACGCGUUUUGGAAAGUGUGCCACUGGUUGAUGGGCACAAUGACCUGGCGAUGAAUAUAAGGAAUAAGGCCGCUGGCCAAUUAGCAAAUGUAGAUUUGAGCCAAAACCUGACGAACCACCCUCUUUGGGUUGGCUGUGGUAACUGCCACACGGAUAUACCCAGACUCAGAGCUGGAAUGGUCGGCGCACAGUUCUGGUCCGCUUUUACUGGCUGCACCACUCAGUAUCGAGAUGCGGCUCAAAAGACACUGGACGCCAUCGACAUUAUCAAAAGAUUUUCCCAAAAACACAAUAAUGAUUUCAAAUUUGUAACAACUGCACAAGGAAUUUGGGAUGCGUUUAACGAGGGAAAAAUCGCCAGUUUGAUUGGCGUUGAGGGUGGCCACAGCAUGGACAACCGAUUGGCCAUCCUGCGCCAGUUUUAUGAUGUGGGAGCUCGUUACAUGACUCUGAACCACGUCUGCAAUACGCCGUGGUGCGACACCUCCAACGUCGACGACCCCGCAUCCGGCGUCCUUCCCAACAACAAUGGCCUCAGCGACUUUGGAAGGAUUGUUCUUCAAGAGAUGAACAGAUUGGGAAUGUUGAUAGAUUUGGCGCACGUUUCCAAAGCGGCGCAAAUCCAAACUUUCCAAGUGUCGCGAGCACCGGUCAUUUACUCGCACUCGAGCGCCUACGCGUUAUGCGACCACCAUAGAAACGUGCAUGAUGACGUUUUGCAACUAGUGAAAUCCUCCAAUUCAAUCGUUAUGGUGAAUUUUUACACUUGGUAUGUGACUUGCAGUAGCACAGCCACAAUUCAAGAUGUUGCAGAUCAUGUGAACCACAUCGCCAACGUUGCUGGAUUCGAUCACGUUGGUAUUGGAAGCGACUUUGACGGCAUUGAAAGGGUGCCUGAGGGAUUGAAUGACGUUUCUUUCUACCCUGAUCUCUUUACCCUUCUGGCUUUGGAUCCAGCUUGGACGGAAGCGAACUUGCGCAAGUUGGCUGGGGAGAAUUUGAUUCGCGUUUUUACUGAUGUUGAAAGGGUGCGCGAUGAGAUGGCUGCUGAAGGCAUCACGCCCUUUGAGGAGAAUAUUCCAGUCGGAGAUUUGGGAAAUAACACAGCUUGUUACGGUGGUUACUAAUUUGUGUAAUACAAUUCAGUCUUUAUCAUUAUUACAUAAUGAUUUUGUAACGCUAAAGCACACAAAUCAAUAAAUGGAAAACUUUGAAGCAAAGAUAAAAAUGAUUGCAAUUU